UUAAAAAAAUAAAAAUUAAAAGAAGAAGAAAGAAGAAAGAAGAAAGAAGAAAGAAGAAUAUCGGUUGAGUUCUUCCCAUUUCUCUUCCUUCAUUUCAUUCAAUCUGAUCGAAAAUCCAAUAGGUAGUGAUUGGAGCCAGACCGCCAUGGGAAUUGUUCCUAAUCUCACUUCGGAUCAACUCCAAUUCUUUCAUUCUCACGGUUAUCUUGUGAUUGAAUCAUUCGCCACUCCUGAUGAAAUUCAUGCCAUGAGAAACCGGAUGGAACACUUGCUUCAUGGAUUUGACUGCUCCACUUCCUCUGUUUUCUCUACUGUUAAUCAGCAGCAGUCGACCGACGAUUACUUCCUUCAAAGCGCUGAGAAUAUUUCCUUCUUUUUUGAGGAAAAAGCAUUUGGAGAGGAUGGAAACUUGAAACAAGAAAAGGAGCUCUCAAUUAACAAAGUUGGUCAUGCAUUACAUGAGUUUGACCCAGUUUUCAAAAGCUUCUCCGACUCUGAGAAGUUUUCAGGUUUAUUGUUGUCAUUGGGAUACAAGAGGCCGAUAGCCAUUCAGUCUAUGUACAUAUUUAAGCAACCAGGUAUUGGAGGUGAAGUAGUGCCUCACCAGGAUAACUCGUUUCUUUACACUGAACCAACUACAUGCACAGGGCUGUGGCUGGCACUUGAAGAUGCAAAUACGACAAAUGGCUGUCUUUGGGCUAUUCCUGGAUCACAUAAAAAUGGACUUGUUAGAAGGUUUCUUAGAGGCGACAAAGGAGUGUACUUUGAUCAGCCUUCUCCUACUUACAACAAGAAAGAUUUUGUGCCUAUUGAAGUGAAAGCUGGAUCUUUGGUUGUAAUUCAUGGAGACGUUAUUCAUCAAAGCUUUGAGAAUCAGUCUCCAAAAUCAAGACAUGCGUAUAGCCUGCACGUGGUUGAUACAGAAGGUUGUGUAUGGGCUCAAGAUAAUUGGAUUAGGAGAAAAGUGCAACCUGAGCCUCUAUACGAAUCUUGAUCAAAUCUCAUGGUUUGUUUCUUCUCUACAUCUCCAUAAAAAGAGGGAAAAAAACACUUGCCCCUGGUGUUUCGCAACCAGCUACAAACACAGCUGUCACGAAGGUGCUGAAGUUUAAUAAAAUAUGUAAUCUUUCUAGCUUUAAGAGUUUCCUUACUAUUGCUAAUUGUUCAAAACUUCCCAAGCUUUAUAUAUAUAUAUAUUUUAGUUUUGAACAAUAUUCUCACAA